AUGGAAGGAUGGACGUUUAAGUUGGCUGUUGUGUACCUAAUGCAAAUUGCGAAAACCUUAGUCGAAUGUCUCAACAUCAACAAGCAUCUCCAAAUAGCUACGUUUUACAAUCCGCUUGGUAAUAUUGAAAACAUAUCAACCAACAGCAAAGGCUUAAUGGAAAAGGAACUGCUGGAAACGUUGUCCAAAAAAAUGAAUUUCACGUAUGACAUUAUAGUUUCAAACGAUGUCUUGCAAUUUGGACUUCCUGGAAAUGAUAGUUGGUCUGGUGUCCUCGGCAAACUCGCCAGAAAGGAAGCUGACAUGACGAUUUCAUUUGGACCUGUUAGUUACCCAAGAUUUUUAUCUUUCGAUGCCACUGUCGGGAUCUUCCGAGACCACGUAGCCAUCAUGAUUCCUUAUCCUGAAUUGGGGAUCGACGCUAGCGGGCUUGUGUCCAUUUUUUCUCUUUUUACGUGGAUGCUUAUUGCAAUUUCUUUGGCGAUUGUGGCAUUGGCACUUUGGUUCGUGAAUCAUUUUCAGUACGAUAGAGACGAUGAAAUCAACGGAGGGUUAUUGAUUCUCUACAUCCUUGGUGUCACGUUUUCACAAGGAGGAUAUCUGGUGCAAAAAUCUACGGUUUUUCGAAUGGUUUUGGGAUUCUGGCUCUUAGCGCUGGUUGUGCUAACGUACGCUUACACAGGGACGCUUAUUUCUAGAUUAACUGCACCUAAACAUCGAUUCGUCAUUAAUUCUCUCGAAGACGCUGCAGCCAAUGAAGAGAUCUUGCCAUUCGUCGUGAAGGAAUCCAGCGUUCAGGAAGAGUUUAUGUUGUCACCGAUCGCUUCGUUCCAGGAAAUAGCUAACCGUUGGCAAGAGUAUCCAGAACUUUUGCUCCGUGAUUCGAAUGGGAUCGUCGAUCUCGUAGCGGAACAAAAGAAUCGCAUCUUUAUUGGAGGCGACACGAAUGCGAGAUGGAACAUUGAAAAUGACCGUAAAAGAGCAGGGAAAUGUCGCGCAAUUUUACUACCUGAUAAGCUAGUGACUCGGAACAACGGACUUUUUCUUCAGAAGCACAGUUCACUAACAACGGCCUUUAACGACGAAAAUUUACGUCUCCUACAAGCCGGAAUUGCACGUCAAAUAGAAGUGCGACACUCGCCAUCUUUACCAGCGUGUGUAGUCUCUUCGUUAUCGACCCGUUCAACUGUGCCAACUGCGCUAAGAUACGAUCAACUCAAUGCAGCUUUCUACAUUUUGGCUGGUGGAUGUUGUCUAUCACUAAUCGUAUUUCUACUAGAAAUUUUAUACCAUCAUUGGAACCGCUCUCGAUCAAGACCCAUAAUCGUUUAA